CGUGUCGGGUCCCUGCAGUGCCCAAAUAUAUUAUAGUUUUCAAAGUAACAUUGUAUUCUCACUUAAAAUUUUGUUGGGCUCACGGUGGGACUCAUAUGCAACUUUUUUUUACGGGUGGGGCUUCACUGCUUCGCCUCACUGCUUCACUGUUUCAUUUCGCUCGUGGACAUGUGAUUGGUCAGUCGGUGAGAUUUGGCAAUGAUGCAGAGUGCCAGAUCUUUCAACAAUACGCAACACACACUUGUAAACCACCGUAUUUCAACCUAAAGUCACCAAAUACACACAAGACCCACCAUUUCAACUCGUAAUAAGUAGCAGCCUUUGCAAGUCCCCCAAUCCGUUACUUAUGGGGGGAGUUAUUGCAAAAUCUGGCAACGCUGCAAUGAUGACUGGCUUUUUUUGUGUGUUUAUUAGUGUAUGAUUGACAGCCCGUGAGUUCUGGUAGUUUUGAUUUGCUGUUGCAUUUUUUUACUGGCUGUUCUUUUUAUCAUUGUUCAUUGGUUGACACCUUAAAAAUGACAAAGGAAAUAAUAGGAUAUGAAAAGAUGAUGAAGAGAAAAAAAAGAGGAAAGAAUAAGAGAGAAAUGGAGAGAAGAAUAAAUGGAAAUAAUGAGAAAAAGGGAAGAAGAGAAAUAAAAGGAAGGGAAAACUGAGAUUGCGUCUUAUCGGUUUUUGCUAGAUUAAACGACUGUAUAGUUUUGAGUGUCAUGUUGCGUCCUUCUAUCAGUUAUAUUUGCCGAAUGAUUGGUUGGUGACAGACGCUGAAAGUCCUUGAGAAGAGGAUAAGGGAGGGACAGUGGAAGUACCUAUAUCGAUUAUAGUAGAAGGAUAUCAAGAUUUUUUUCUCCUCCUCCGCCGCCUCCUCCUCUCUCUUCUUUGCUUAAUUAUUUUUCCUUUUUCUUUCCUCUACUCCAAGCGAUAUGGUGAGAAGGGUGGGAGAGGAGAUAAGCAUGCCAGGGUCUCUACAAAUUAAGGUUGGCUUAGGGGCCGUAUUACAAGUCCAGUCCGAUAAGUUUCAGGUUCCUACAAAGGUCAGUUUAGGGGCCAUAUUACAAGUCCAAUCCGAGAAGUUUCAGGUCCCUACAAAGGUUGGUUUAGGGGCUGUAUUACAAGUCCAGUCCGAGAAGUUUCAGGUCCCUACAAAGGUUGGUUUAGGGGCUGUAUUACAAGUCCAGUCCGAGAAGUUUCAGGUCCCUACAAAGGUUGGUUUAGGGGCUGUAUUACAAGUCCAGUCCGAGAAGUUUCAGGUCCCUACAAAGGUUGGUUUAGGGGCUGUAUUACAAGUCCAGUCCGAGAAGUUUCAGGUCCCUACAAAGGUCGGUUUAGGGGCCGUAUUACAAGUCCAAUCCGAGAAGUUUCAGGUCCCUACAAAGGUCGGUUUAGGGGCCGUAUUACAAGUCCAAUCCGAGAAGUUUCGGGUCCCUACAAAGGUCGGUUUAGGGGCCGUAUUACAAGUCCAAUCCGAGAAGUUUCGGGUCCCUACAAAGGUCGGUUUAGGGGCCGUAUUACAAGUCCAAUCCGAGAAGUUUCAGGUCCCUACAAAGGUCGGUUUAGGGGCUGUAUUACAAGUCCAAUCCGAGAAGUUUCGGGUCCCUACAAAGGUUGGUUUAGGGGCCGUAUUACAAGUCCAAUCCGAGAAGUUUCAGGUCCCUACAAAGGUUGGUUUAGGGGCCGUAUUACAAGUCCAAUCCGAGAAGUUUCGGGUCCCUACAAAGGUUGGUUUAGGGGCCGUAUUACAAGUCCAAUCCGAGAAGUUUCGGGUCCCUACAAAGGUUGGUUUAGGGGCUGUAUUACAAGUCCAAUCCGAGAAGUUUCGGGUCCCUACAAAGGUUGGUUUAGGGGCUGUAUUACAAGUCCAAUCCGAGAAGUUUCAGGUCCCUACACAGGGGCUGUAA